AUGCCCUUAGGUAUGUUCUCUCACCCGGAUGGCACCAACAUCCCCGAGAUCGACACGAAGCAAUUCGUCCACUGGGUAACAGUCGACUUCACAAAAUUCGGCGGACGAACUAAGCCCAACAGCGGCGAGAGCAUGAUGCGUCUUAUGGCUGAGCAGUGUCGGUCCGGAGUAGCUACUAUUACAUCUAUGCCUCAGCAUCACAAGCAGAAAUGCUGUCUCUCUUUACCGGUUGUGGGGGACGCCGAGCUCGCGCGUGUUCAUAUUCUCUGGCGUGCGGCUGAGAUUGCAGAUGAGCAUUGGGAGGAGAUUAUGGCUGGCAAGGAGACGUUGGAUACUAAGCGGAUUCUGGGAGAUUCGCCAUGGUGGGCUCGGAAUAAAGUCAAUGGGGAAUAA